GAACCAGACGACUACCUCCAUACACCCGAUCCUCACCACCUAGACUCCAAGCACACCACGGAUUUUUUUUCAGUUAGGGCUAUGAUGAAUGUGGGGGGUAUGUUCGCUACGUGUGUUGCGUUGUUGGCGUUGUUUCUCAUAUAUCCCAUUUCGAUGCACUUUACCAUCCACCAACAAGGGAAGUUCGGGGGGUUCAAUUUGGGUGGGAUCAAUGCGUCUGGGCAGGUCCCAAGCAUGCCGGGGAACUGGGGCCUGAUCGAUUUAGACACGCCCCCAAACCUAUACACCAAACCAUCCUACCACGAUCCCUCACAAACACUCCAGCUCGUGUUCAGCGACGAAUUCAAUACCGACGGGAGGACUUUUUAUCCGGGGGAUGAUCCGUAUUGGGAGGCUGUGGAUUUACAUUAUUGGCAGACGAAAAACUUAGAAUGGAACGACCCCGCCGCAAUAACCACAUCCAAUGGCUCCCUCCUCAUCACACUCUCGGAACAACAAACCCACGGACUAGACUUCCAAGGCGGGCUCCUCUCAACAUGGAACAAGUUCUGCUUUACCGGUGGGCUAUUCGAGACUUCCGUCCAGCUGCCGGGCGCGAACAACAUUGUGGGGCUGUGGCCUGCUAUAUGGGCUCUAGGGAAUUUAGGACGAGCGGGGUAUGGUGCGACCUUGGAAGGCCUGUGGCCUUAUAGCUACGACGCCUGCGACGUCGGCACAGCCCCCAACCAAACACUCAACGGGCUCCCCCUAGCAGCGCUCACAAGCGGCGACCAGAAAUACUUCAACGGGUCUUUAUCAUACCUCCCCGGACAGAGGCUUUCGCGGUGCACGUGCUCAGGCGAGUCUCACCCCGGCCCGACGCAUAGUGAUGGGACGUUUGUGGGGAGGUCGGCGCCUGAGAUUGACGUUUUUGAAGCUACGGUGAGUGUGGUCUUGGGUACGCCAUUGGUGGGAAAGGUAUCUCAAUCAAAUCAAUGGGCUCCGUUUAAUAAUGGGUACGCGUGGGCGAACACUUCUCAGAACAUGAUCAUCCCGAACACGACUGGAACUGAACUGAACUCCUAUGUUGGAGGGGUGACGCAGCAGAGUACGUCAGGGCUUACGAUUACCGAUCAGGGAUGCUACGAAUUGGAAGAUGGUUGUUUUUCUAAGUAUGGGUUUGAGUACAAACCAGGUCCGCACUUUCGGUUCGAUUCUGCGUACAUAACCUGGAUAUCCAACUCGACCGUAUCAUGGACCAUAAUGGCUGCUGGUAUGGACGCAGACACAACCGUUGAGAUAUCCGCGCGUCCUGUACCUCAAGAGCCCAUGUACCUAAUAGCAAACCUGGGACUAUCAAAUGGCUUCGGCACUGUUGACUUGGAGCACCUCACAUUCCCGACUACGAUGCGGAUUGACUGGAUACGGGUGUACCAACCCACCAACGCCAUCAAUGUUGGAUGCGAUCCAGUGAAUUUUCCUACGGAGGCGUAUAUCAACCAGUACAUCGAAGCAUACACAAAUCCGAACCUUACGACGUGGCGAGAUGACUACAAGCAACCGUGGCCGAAGAAUAGUUUCGUCGACGCGUGUUGA